AUGCUCUCGCAGGGGCGACUUCCAGGUCACCCUGGUUUCGAAACGUUCGAGGUUAUCAGCGCGCUCAGCAAAGAAGCCGCCGCUGCUCUGGAGAAAGAGACUGGCCCCUUCUGGCUUGUUCCUCUCAAGGUUGGAGAUUUUGGUAUCAUUCAUACGGGUGGAAAGAACAACAACUCCUUGGACGACGGCAAUCUAAUCGACUACCCGAUCGUGCAACUACUUCGAAGAACCGACAAAGGCAUCAAGGCAGGAUACGGAACGACUCUCCUUGAAGGCCGUGCUGGAUUGUGCCAAGUGCCGCUAGAAAACAUUCGACUUGGAGCUUCCCUCACAGGGCCAGGGGUGCCUUUGGUGCAAGAUGCGAUGUACCCUCCGCGACUACUAUUCAACACCGUGUUCAAGAAUUUCGACUGCUACAUUGAUUUCCUGCAGGUCACAGACCCGAGCGAUGUCUAG